AGAUAGUUCUCUUCCCACCUAGCCUACUUACUUGCUCUAUCCCCACAACAGAAGAACACACACACCUAGACUCUCAAAAUGACUACCCCAACCCCCGCUCCCAAGCCCACCAACUCCACACCAGCAGCAGCUCCCAUCAUCGACGACCACGCACUACUAGCGUCCAACUACGCCUCAGUAGAGAGCCGGUUCGGGUGGGACUUUCUGCUCGGCGGCAACCGGCACUUUGGGUACUACGCGUCGGACACGUGGUGGCCGCUGCCGUUCGCGGCGGCGUAGCGGUAGAUGGAGGAGUAGCUGUUCAACACGCUGUCCGCUUAGCCCGGGGCGCGGGUGCUGGACGCGGGGUGCGGCGACGGGCACGUGGCGCUGUUCAUGGCGGCGCGCGGGGGGCUGCGCGUGACGGCGUUCGACGUGCUGGAGCGGCACGUGGCGAACGCGCGGCGCAACGUGGAGCGAGCGGUCGCGGCGCAGAAGCUCGGCGAUGAACAUGACAGUGGCAGUGGUGGAAAGGGCACGGUGAGGGUGGAGCACCUGGACUUUGCGCACCUGGGCACGCUGCCGGCGGCGUCGUUCGCGGCCGUGUACACGUCCGAGGCGCUGCUGCACGCGGCGGACCCGGCGGCGGUGAUGGCCGAGUUCUGGCGCGUGCUGGAGCCCGGAGGCCGGCUCGUCAUGCACGAGUUCCACCACGACUUUGCCGACCAGGCCGUAUCGCCCGGCUACACGCGCGAGAUCAACAAGACGGUCGUCGAGGUUCCCCGGCUCGCCUAUUUCACCAAGAUUCUCGACGCGGCUGGGUACGAGAAUGUGGAGAUCAGGAAUUACUCAGACAACAUCCAGCCGAUGCUGCGGUUCCUGUCCGUCUUCGGCAUGACGCGACACGUCGUCCGGCUUCUCCGUCUCCAGAAGCUGUUUCCCAACGCCGCGGCGUCGACAGAAGGCUACGUGGGUCAGGAACAUUGGGCAUAUGCGUCCAUAAGCGCGACGAAACCAGACCCGAAAAAUCGUCGACGGUAAGCUGGG